AUGUCUGAAGACGUAACACAAAUGUCGACACAUUCGAACAGCAUCAAUAAAAGACGUGUCGUCUUAGUCGUUCUUGCGAUUAUUAUUGCAGCAUGUGCUAUUGCUACGACUAUUUCUGUGCCUAUCAUUUUGACUAGAAGCACCAUCCCAUCUACGGUGAUAGUCAUCAAUACUACAGAAUCAGUGAAAACAACAGUUACAACAGUUACUACGGUCACAACAGCAGCAACGACAACGGCAAUUCUUUCAUGUAAAUUCUUGCUUAUAUAA